GCAUCCUGGUAGUUCCCUGCAGCCGUGUAUGUUUUCCUGUAGUUUGAUCCUUUCUGGUGGAAAACACAGAAAUCGCGUCUAACACACAGGCGACGGGAGCAGCAGGCAUUUGAUCUCCGCUCCAUGGAUUUGACGGAGCUUCUGUCAUGGGCCUGCAUCGUGUUCACGGUCGGGAUGUUCUCGACAGGACUGACCGACCUAAAGAAGAUGCGGGAGUCCAAAAGUGCAGAUAACAUCCAGUUUCUGCCCUUCCUCACCACAUGUCUGAAUAACCUAGGCUGGCUGUUUUACGGCACCCUGAAGAGGGAUCACACCAUCGUCGUGGUCAACGUCAUCGGAGCUCUCCUCCAAACCCUUUACAUAGUCGUGUACUUCUUCUACACUAAGCAGAAGCGGCUGGUGAUGCUCCAGACUCUUGCUGCAGCAGCAGUGUUGAUCUGUGGAUGGUUGUAUUUCACCACCUUCCUGACGGAGGGUGAGGCUCGACUCAAUCAGCUCGGUUUAUCCUGCAGCGUGGUCACCAUCAGCAUGUACCUGUCUCCACUCACGGACCUGGUACAGCACAUUACAGUCACACACACAAUACACACAGAUGCUUGAGUUAUCUUUUACUUUUGCCUAA